AUGGGUGAUGUAGAAUUUAAAACAACGUCAUCCCAUCCAGCGGGCGGUAGCGGGGGGGUGGGGGUGGGUGGCGCGGGGCGUCGGCGCCCUUGUCCUUGCGGCAAUCGAUAUGCGCACGUCCAGACUGCUCAUGCUCAGCUGCUGCUACAUAAACACCUAGCCUUGGAGCCGCCCGCACUCCCCAGUUCCAAUCGCUCCCAUAAU